CAUUGUGAUCGGCUAUGACCAGUCUGCACAUGUCUUUUAAGAGAGAGUCACAAUAACAAUUAGCGAACCAAUUACCACCGUAAGCCCACAACUCGCGCUGUGUCAACUCAAAGUGUACGAUAACAACGCAUGAACAAACGAACGUGUCCUUUCGAAGGAUACUUGAUCGUCGCUAAGUUAUUUUGGCAAGCAAUUCAACCCCCUGUUCAUCGGAUUGAGUGCGCCAUCAAUCAACUUGAAGGAAAACACUGACUGACCAUCAAGUGUCUUUUUGACAGAGGAAUUCACACGAACAUGAGAAACCGGAACAGGAGGUGGUUAGUGGCGUGGAUUUUAGUCCUGCCAUGUCUGGUUGCUGAUGCCACCGAUUCCGGAAAGGAAAUCAAAUCUGUUGAACUGAAAGAGGAAAAUGAUCACAAAAACGUCAAAGAAGGUAGAGGAAUAUUUGCCCCUAGAAUGGAUUAUGAACAAUGGACACCAUUGGGUAUGGGGGAUCCCUUGAAACACGACCCAACAUAUGAUUAUGUGCCUCCUGUGCUAGAUCGCGUGCGGUACUGGAUAGAUCCCGAAUCUCGACAACCAGACCAUUCAAUUCCAGAAGAACCAAAAAAAACUGAAAUACUUCUUCUAGGGGUCACCUCAAAAAAACCUAGUACCGGAACAUCAACGUCAGCUGACUAUAAUUCCCAUUAUAGUGACUUCAGAAGUGAUGACAGAUACAUAGCAAACUCCAGAAAAGAUUCUUACGAUCCUUUUUUAAAAAUGGUCGAAGGUCCCAAAUUCAAUAUCCCAAACAACUUUCAAAAAAUAUCGAAGCCUCAUUACAGCAUGUCUUCCUAUUAUCCAUCUUCGCAAUAUAGUCCGAAUAAAUAUAAAAUGGAACAAAGAAUGCCUUACACUAUGUUGGUACCUCCUCCACUGCAAGCACAAGAAAAUUCAAGACCCUACCAAAAGGACAAUAGUAUGAUACCCUCGAGUGGCAACGCAGAAAACAAAAGUACAUCUUCGCCAGUACAAAAGACAAAUGAAAAAUCUGUCGUAACGGUGGAAAAGGCUAACAUUAGAUAUCAGUCUAGUACUUAUGCAGAUGAAAAUGAAUUUACAAAUAACCAAAACCAGUUUGGUUCUUUUCCAUCAGCCAGCAGUCAGAUUGUUUAUAAAACUUCCAAACCCAAUUUGAAUUCGUCUACACUAGAUUUCGUAAUGAGGCCGUCAGGAGGUUUAAUUACUGUUACCGAUUCCUUAGAAAACUCUAGAAAUAAUUCCGGUAAAAUUUUAACUGGAUUUUCUCAAAACUCAUUCAUUUUGACAAACGAAGAUUCAUCAAAGAUUCCAGAAAUUAUGAUUAAAGGGCAAGUAACGGACGCCGAUUUGGGCUUAGCAAACACCUACGUGAAUAUAGGAAAAGCUGAAGCACAAAUGCAUCCCCCUUCAGGGAUAUCUGGUAUCGCUAUUGAACCCCCAAAAAUGUCAGUUGCUCAACCCCCAAUUAUUAUGAACGUUCUUCCUCAUUCUAAUCCAAUGUCCGUAACAGCACCUCACUUACAAAAUUCAAUGAGAAAACCUGUGGAAAUAGUUAACAAACCACGACCGGUUACUCUCCAAAUUCUUCAGACAAUGCAAACCAUGCAACCCCCACCUCCACCUUCAAUAAUGAAACCGGAAGUACACUUGCCAGUAAUGAUGUCUCCAUCUUCCUCCGACUAUCCACGAGGACCAGACAUGGAUAUGAUGUCCUCAAAUCCUCGGAAGAAACCCUUAAUAAAUACCGUUCACAGUAUUCUUCAAAGUGAACAAAUAGUUGAAGAAAUCAACACAGUUAAACCUCCUGCUGCUUCAACGUUUCUGCCAACAACUGUACAGACUUCAUCAGCCGCUACCACCCAACCCCCAGUAACUACUACUGAAGAAAACAUCUCAAUGACAACUGAUCCAUUAUUCAAACAUUACAAACAACCAACUGAACCUGUUCGAGGUCCUUUCUAUCUCAUCAUCCAGGGUCACUCUAAGGUUAAAACGUAUGGCCCAAACAAACAAUUUCAUGGAAUUACCGUUCAAGAAACGAACGAGAUCCCUACAAACGAUGACAAAGACAGUUAUCAUGUGAAGCAUUUGCAUAAUAAUCAUUUUACAAAAAAAGAUAAUCAUAUCGAUGAUGCUAAUUCACGGGGAGCUCGAUCAGGAAAUUUGCAAACUUUGUCUCAUGUAAUAGUGACAGGUCUCGGAUCGUUGAAUCUUGAAGAAUUCCCAAGUAACCGAAGAAAAGACGACGAUAUUCAAGAAACUGAAUUGGGCGUACGAUACGACGUUUCGUCCCAAGAGGAUACAACAAGUGAAAGGUACCACAAAGGAAUAGUGGAGGCUGGAGAUAUAUCGAGGAAGCUCAAAGACACAAUCGUUCAUCUGUGAUUUGAUUUUACAACAACUGAAUCGAAACAUUUCGGCUUACUUAAUUUAUACAAAUUUUUGAACUGAAUAAUCAAUCGACGAAUAGUAGGGCUGAAAAACUUAAACAUAAUUAGCAUGUACUACAAUAGGAUGCAGAAACACACUGAAAGAAACGUUAUUUUUUUAUGGACUGCGUUUCCUAGUUCCUGUUGUUCAAUUAAAUAAAAUAGAAAAAGAAACACAAUUUAGGAUAAUUAAGUAAAUUAAACUUAAAAUAUACAUAUCACACCUCGUGGUAAUUUAUUUAGUUCUUGUCUUAUCGAUUAAUAAAAAGAAGUGGCCAUAUCAGAAUUACGUACUUUUAAUUAUUACUAUUAACUCAUUAGUUAACACACGACGCACACAUAUUUCAUUUCUAAAACAAAAAGUAAGUAUUUUACACAGGGUGUUUAUAAUAAUUGCUCAAAAACAAUAAAUUGCUCAUAUAAAAACG